UCCAAAAAGCGAAAGCGCGCUCAAGUGAUGAAGCAUGUAUUUUUGGUUUAUGCCAAUACUAAAAAUCCUGCGUGUUUCAUAAAAUACUUUCAACAGUUUAAACUUUUUUCUCGCUGACUUAUUAGAUAAGAUUCAUCAUUGUACAGGGUUAACUGAAUGCUUCGUUCGUGUUCCUGUUUAACGAGCGGAAGUUCGAAACUGUCGGGAAGGUAAAAAAAAGAUUUUGAUAUAGAAACUGAGGAAAGCUACCAAUCUUUAGACGAUUGGCUGAUAUGGCGGAACAGAGAUCCCUUGAGAAUAACGCCAAAAUUCCCAUGUUGGAAGGCACCAGUGAGAUCCGGAUGACACAACCCGUUCAGUCGUGUGGAAGAAAAUUUGUCACAUGGACCAAGAUUAACUUGCUUUUGGUUUUAACCGUGCUCGGAGUGUUCCUGGGUAUCCUGAUUGGCUUCUUAGCAAGAUUUGCAGAAUAUGGAAAAGAUGCCAUCAUGUUGGUUUCUUUUCCUGGUGAUAUACUGAUGAGGAUGUUAAAGAUGUUAAUUUUACCGUUGAUCAUUUCAUCCAUGAUAGCGGGACUUGCUCAGCUGGAUGCUAAGUCAAGUGGAAGAAUGGGUUCUAGAGCUCUGGGCUACUAUUUUGUGACUACCAUGUUAGCGGCAAUUCUUGGAAUCAUUCUUGUUACUGCGAUACAUCCCGGAGAUCCAUCCAUUAAAGAAGGAGUCGACUUGGAAUCGGAAAAUAAAAAUGUCUAUACAUUGGACGCCUUCUUGGACUUGAUAAGAAACAUGUUUCCUGAGAACCUUCUCCAGGCCUGCUUCCAACAAGUUGAGACAACGUACGUUAAAGACAAAGUUAAGCCUAACUACGUUCCACCUGGUGUGAAUUUUACCAACCUGACUGACUUUGAAAAUGUUACGCAGUAUAAAGAAAAGAGAGAACUGAUUUACAAGGACGGAACUAACGUGCUGGGUUUGAUCAUUUUUUGCAUUGUUUUUGGCGUCACUUGUGGCCAACUUGGAGAGGAAGGGGAGGUUAUGGUACACUUUUUUGUGACCCUUAAUGACAUCAUCAUGAGAAUAGUAGUUUUGGUGAUGUGGUACUCGCCGCUUGGAAUUAUGUCCCUGAUUAUAGGAAAGAUUAUGUCAAUAACAGAUUUAGCCCGAACUGCGCAGCAGCUAGGACUAUACAUGCUGACUGUCAUUAUAGGACUCGUCAUCCAUGCAGGGCUUACUCUACCUCUUAUUUUCUUCGUCAUCACCAGGAAGAAUCCGCUAACGUUCCUCAAGGGGAUGCUGCAGGCGUGGAUUACUGCUCUCGGUACCGCUUCAAGCGCCGCCACUCUUCCUAUCACCUUUCGCUGCUUAGAAGAAAACAAUCACAUUGACAAGAGAGUGACGCGGUUUGUGCUACCAGUGGGCGCUACAGUCAACAUGGACGGUACUGCUCUGUACGAAGCAGUAGCUGCAAUCUUUAUCGCCCAGAUGAAUGGAAUAAACUUAUCAGCAGGACAAGUGAUCGCAGUGAGUUUGACUGCCACAGCAGCAAGUGUAGGUGCAGCCAGUGUCCCUAGUGCAGGCCUGGUAACCAUGUUACUUGUAUUGUCAGCUGUCGGACUUCCAACUAAAGAUAUUACCAUGAUUGUUGCUGUAGACUGGUUACUAGAUCGCUUAAGGACUUCCAUCAAUGUUCUUGGAGAUGCUUUUGGCGCUGGAAUAGUUCAUCACUUAUCAAAGGCUGAGCUGGAUAAAAUUGACGCUGAACAUGCUCGAAUCGAAAUGGAAAUGCCUGAGAGAAAAUUUUCUGUAACCACAAGAGGGAAUUUCAUGCGUCAAAGAAGUUUGGAAAUAGGUAGCAGCAACAAUGAAAAUCCGGGUGGCAGUUUCAGCGCAUGUGUGAACAGUGGGGAAACCCAGAUUUAAAUAUGCUGUUGAACGGAAUACAGACACAAGAUGAUAAAUGUAUUAUGUUCAUCUUCUUCAAGAAAACGUAUCUUAAUUUAUAUACCAUUGAUAGAGAGAGAAAAGAUACAUUUUUGGGAACUUGUAUUGGAUAAACCUAUCAUUUCUACCGUAGCAUGCUUUUGUACUAAGAGUGUGUCGUGUUUUUUAUUUUUAAUAUUGGUUCAACUUAAUGUUAUAAUGUAGUAAUAUUUAGAAUUUAGUGAGAAGGAAACGUUAUAACAGGUGUCAAAUUCAGAAACAUGAAGCUUUUAUUGGUCGAACAUCUCUAUGGGAUUGGUUGUUUAUUUCAUUGCGAUUGUGGAAUAUCAGCACAAUCACAUAGAACAUGGAGUGUUUGUUGCUGUUUCAAUAACACUAAUUUAUUUUCAGUUUUAAGUGAAAUGCUGAAACAUGGCCAAAUUGAUUCUUUUUUAUGUAUUAUGUGCGUGUUAACUGCUGUUCAAGAAAUACAGUUAGUUAAAUGUAUAUUACAGAGAUCGCUUAAGGACUUCCAUCAAUAUUCUUGGAGAUGCUUUUGACGUUGGAAUAGUUCAUCACUAUUUUCUUCCUUGUUACGUGCAAUCUAUUUAUUAGAUACGAAUAAGUUUUUUUUCUAAGUUUCAUUGGUCAUCCAGAAGAUGUAGAAUGGGUUGAUUAUUUUUCAUUAUUUUAUUUCCUAUUCACUUUAACGGGGGAAAGUAUCUAAGUCAGUUAUUCAAACUAGGAGUACAAAAUAACCACAAAAAAUAUCCAUCGCCCUAAAAAUAACUUGUACCUGGACUUUAAACGAUGGAAACAUGCUUAUUAUUCUAGAGGUCACCAUAUUUGUUUUUAUGUGCAUAUGUAGGCACGCGCGCACACUAAGUAACCCACAAAUACUUAAAAUUCACACGUACGUUAGCUCUUAAAAACUAAGACUGAAAACUGUUAGUUAAAUGUAAAUUGGUUGGAAAUGAUAUUUGAAAAUUAAUCCUUAAGUAAUGACAACCGUUGUUUUAUUUAAUAUGCUAUAAAACGAACCGAAACAAAUCUACUUCUUACGUUUGUUAGAACCAAGUUUUAUUAGAUACAUUUUUUUAUUUCUCUCGAUUUGGAGACGUUUAAAGACAGGGACAACUUCAACUCCUUUCAUUUGAAGGGGUGGAGGGCAGCUAAGAAUUUGUUGACUCUUCUUAGCGAUAAAAAAAAUCGUGAUUUUUUAAAACUGAUAAUAUGAUUUUGAACCCGCUAGAGAGAGAAUGAACUUUGGUGGGCCAGAGUGAAAUUUGGGGUACACGGUCCACCCCAUCACCCCUUAGCGACGACCUUGUUUCAAGAUCAGUGUUAUGUGGGAGUACCAAUAUCGUGAAACGCAGGUUUAAAUUCACUGUUUUGUUUUUUCAUUAUCCGAUAUUUGAAAUAAACCUCUCUACUUAUUUAUUGACUUUCUCAAAAUCAAAGCGACGGAUUUAAUUGUUAUUCUUCAUUUUAAAAACUAGCUUUAAAUAUUUUUCAGCAGGAUUGGUUGAUAAAUAAUUGUAGAAGCUUUAUCACAUUAUAAAACUAUCGGGACUUGCAUGGUGCAAUAGCAAUCAGUUACAAGCAGGGUUCAAGUUGUUUAUGACCUAUUUUGACUAGAGCUGACAAACAGAUGAUAGCGAUAAGUAACUUAGAGAAAUUGAAUGUGUGAUAACCAUUAUAUAUUUAAAUAAUAAAAUACAUAAUUAAUUAGAACAUGAAAAUUAUUACUCAAACUAUAUAGCGCUCCUCUGAGAGCAAUGAAAGACAUUUCACGCAAAAUCUAGAAAGAAAAUACUUUAUUGCCCUAAAACUUUCCUCACUGGAUUUGGUCUUAGGUCCACAUCUGGUGAUAGUUAAAUGAGGGUUCUUUAAGUUCAAUAUUAAAUGUUUUCAUUUAACUGAGGUGGGCUUAAAACCGAAACCUAUCAUAUAGUAUAUUUAACUGUUAGGUUAUGGAUACAUAUAAGACAAUGAGUUAAAGGAGUUGCUUAUGAUAAUAAACAUAAUUAAGGUAAAUUUUCCUCCAUCAGUAUUGCCUAUGAUUUGUUUUACAGGAUUACACACUUCUUCCAUUCCUUGAGUGUAAGGAAAGUGAAAUCCUUUUUUACUUUAGUAAAUGUAACUUUUUAAAGCUUAUAUUUGCAAUAAAGUACAAUUUAUCCGACACCUGCUGUUGCAAUGUUUAGGAGAAAAGGCUUUUUAUUAGGCAUAUUUACAUCACGAAUAUGACAAAGACGAUAACAUAUCUGAGCAACUAGUGUGAACAUUUGUAUUUUUAAUAACGUAUUGGUAAAUAUAGAUACAUUUUAAACGUUUUGUUAACAGUCAAGUUUUAUCGUGAGUGUCUUGAAUACAUUGUAUUUGUAUUUUAUAAAUCUAGAUCUUAAAUUCGUGUGGUUGAAAAUAAUUGUGAAAAACUGUGAAUAUUGGUGAAAUAUAUGUGUAUUUCUUACUAGUUGGCGUAUAGUAUAGUGAGCGUAAGCAUACGUUAUAGGGUUAUAUAGAUGGACAAAUUAAAUAAUCUAAACAUUUAUAUUUGUGCCUAAGUGUAGUCAACACGUAGAUGUAUUACGUAACAUUCUAGAAGUAGGCCACAAAUGAAUAUCAGGGACUAAAUGUACCUUUGUUUUCUGUAGCAACUCGCUUACCCACUCGGCAUGUAUUGUACUUAUUCUGCCUGAGUGAUAUGCAUGUUUUUUAGCAUCAUUUUAUAUACAUUUUGCAUAGUUUUAUAUAAAGGUGAUAGUUCACUUUUGGACCAGAAGAAGCCUGAGUAUUUAGAAAAACUAGGGCCUUUAAAUAGUCAGUUGUGAAGUUUAUUUUAUCUUUACUUUAGCGAUCUUUCAGAUUGUACUUUCUUUUAAAGAGAGAAUUGAGUACAUAUCAGAAUUUAAUUUAAUUUCAGUGAGUUAUAAAACUCUAAUCUAAUACCUAAUUUGGAAUAAUUUUCAUUUAAUUUUUUAUGCCAUGUGAAGUUUUUAUUGUUUAAUUAAAUCCUUUUGUACUGAGAUAGAAAAACCUGUAUACAAACCUUCUGAAAUAACCAAAAAUGCUGAGCUGUAUAACCAUAUUAUUCUCCCUGCUUCAAAAUGUCACACAGUCACGUGUGGGUCUUCUGUUAAACCCGAACAUUGGCAAAAGGUAGUUGAGAAUGGUAGCACUGCAUUAAUCAGAAUACAGGAAAAUAUGAAAAAUCUGACGUGCUAAGACAUGCUGAUGUAACUUUAUUGUUAACUUAUUUUUACAAAUAAUAACCUACUUUGAGAGGUUUUAGUUUCUUUUUUUAGUUUUUCUAAGAACAGUUACAAUGAAUAUUUGUGUUCACCUAAUAUCUCAAAAAUAAGAACAGUGUUUGAACAAAGUAACCUAUAAUAAAACACAAUGGAUUCUACUUUAGGAUAUAAAUUUUAUAGAUGAUAAUAAAAGGCGUGUCAAUUCAGUACAGAAAAACAGUUGAUUUCCGCCAAUUAAUAUUCAAUAAUACUGUGUUUCGUUACAGUAAAUUGUUUUACCGCUGACUGAAAGGGGAAGGAGCAAGACGUAACAUUUUAAGAAGAUGAAGUCUGUUUAUGCAAACAGAUUUGAUCAACAUGAGACUGUGUGACGUUUUAAAACCCCCAGUAACUAUUUUCCUUUUGUUCUGUGUUGAAAUAUUUAUCAUCUUUAUUAACUGUCGAAUUUCUAGAUAUCUAAAUUGUAAUCAAAAUAGGACAACAAUGUUAUACUCUUUUUUUUUAUCCAUUAUUGUAGCUUGUUUGAAUUAUCACACGUAAUCAAUAAAAUAUUCUAAAACUAA